AUGCAAUCCAUCGCAACCAAGAACAAUAUAACAUUAAAAGGAUCAACUGAGAUCGUCUCUGAGUUCUUUGCCUAUAGUAUCAAUAGUAUAUUAUUCCAAAGAGGUAUAUAUCCACCAGAGACCUUUACACGUGUUGCAAAGUAUGGUCUGUCAAUCUUGGUCACAGCUGAUCAGGGACUCAAGGAUUACUUGGACAACGUGUUGAAGCAACUGGCUCAAUGGUUGCAGACUGGUGACGUCCAGAAGCUGGUCCUAGUCAUCACUGAUGUAGUCACAAAGGAGGUCUUGGAGCGAUGGGUCUUUGACGUUCAGACCGACUUGCCCAAGGAGGGAGAAGCACCACGUAACAAACCAGAGAAGGAUAUUAUGAAUGAGAUACAGGCUAUCAUUAGACAGAUCACUGCUAGUGUCACAUUCUUGCCAUUGUUGCCCAACGCAUGUACAUUCGAUUUGUUGGUCUACACAAGCAAGGACCUGGCCGUACCACAAAAGUGGGAGGAGAGUGAUCCACAAUACAUUGCCAACAGUCAGCAAGUCAGACUUCGUUCAUUCACAACAUCAAUCCACAAGGUUGACACAAUGGUCGCCUAUAAGCUUGGAUAA